AGCAGACGAAAAAUCAUAAGAACGUUGCGUAGAGGUUUUUAUUGUCCGAUAUUAAAUUAUAAUCAACCACAUUCUGUUUACCUAGCUGACUUUUCCUGUCUUCAAAUACGCCAGUUGACUAUGCUUUAAUCAUUGGGAAUAUACAUUGCAUAGGAACCCAGCACAUAUGGGUACAGAUACGUGUAGAAUAUUCAUUCUCCACCCCAUGAUAUGGGCAAGCAUGUAAAUCCUUCAACCAGCAAAAGAUGAGUAAAGCUCCAGGAAAGACCCCAACAGGGGGCAAAGGUUCAGGUGCAAAGUACACAGGUAGUAAAGGAGCCAGGCCUAAACAGAGCACAAUUGGAUCGGCUGGUUCAAAUCCCUCCAAAGCUGUGGUCCCAAGGGCUGCUCAGAAUGUGAUACCCGCAAGCCUCCAAAGGGGGUUCCCUAUGACCAAACAGAAGGAUGGAACACUGGUGCCACAUGGCUACACUGCCCGUCCUGUGCGACCUGCCAAAAACUAUGAUGUUGUCUCCUUUGCGCGGGCAUUGAAUGACGACUUUGCUCCAAGGCUGAAGAAACUGUUUGACCCUGAAACAGAGGCUGCAGUUGAUGCUCAGAAAACAGGUAUAUACAUUGGAUGGAGAUUGCCUGGUCAAAAGUUUGAUUGCCAGAGGGUGAGCAAAAUGUCAAAAUGUUUCUGUGGACACCUGCUGGGUGAGCAUGACAGGUACACAGGUCACAGUGUACAGGUGCGAUGUAUACAGUCAGGCUGUCCCUGUAAGGCCUAUGCGUGGAUCCCCUCACGGGUUGAGGACAUUGGGGAGUUCUGGCAUCAACGACGACGGGACUUUGACCCCAGCACAUGGAGAGCCAAGUGUCGGUGUAGACACACCCACGAGGAACACAACCCUAAUGGCAUGCACAGAUGUAAAGCCAGAGGAUGUGGUUGUGCCAUGUUUGACUCCAACUUCCUCUGUGCUGCCUGUGAUAAACAUUGGGAGGAUCACCAGACUUUCUUUGACACAGAGGACAUGCGGAUAAAAGAAGGUCUUCCAUAUGGCGCAAAGUAUUUGCCAUUUGCGGAGAUGCCCGAUCUGCGAAAUAUUGCUCUGACCGGGCAGGAGAGCGAUGACUCUGCAUACCUGGCCCUGACUCAGGGAGAGGGGUCAAUACCCACAUCACAACGCCCACAGGGUAACAAUGCUGUGGUCAGCUUCCACGGACAACCCCAGGGUGGCUCCUCCAGGACUCCCUUCAGACCUGUCUAUGACUGAGACAGUGUUGGGUGCCAGGGUAAAUAGUGUUCAUGCUAUCAGAUAUUCUUGGGGUAAGCACGUGGAUGGACUGUUGAUAUAUAGAUGGCACAAUUUUUAUUAGGUUUGUUUU